AUGUCCCCAAUUGUACAGCUAAACAUUGGUGGUGAUUUCUACACCACAACGUUGCAAACGCUGAAGAAGUACCAGGGUUCCAAGCUGUUUGAGAUGUUCAACGGGCAACCCAAACUCCGCACUGACUCAGAGGGGAGGUAUUUUAUCGACCGGGAUGGAAAAUACUUCAAAUACAUAUUGGAGUAUCUUCGAAAUGGCCAAGUCCCCAACCAGUGCAUCCUAGAAGUCUACAAGGAGGCUCUAUUCUACGAGAUCGAGCCCUUGGUGAAGAAACUAGAAGAGACUCCUCAGAUCUUUGGGGAACAGGUGGGAAGGAAGCAGUUUCUGGCACGAGUCCCCAACUACCAUGAGAAUAUUGAGGUGAUGAUUCGCAUUGCUAGGGCAGAGGUGGUUGCAUCACGCCAUUCCAAUGUCUUUGUGUGUAUCGUAAGGACUGAUGAGGAUGCAUCGAAGUGCCAAGAUGCCCUAAACACACUUGAUAUGGACAAAGAAUCAGUGGUCAAGUUUGGUCCAUGGAAGGCGUCUCCUAGCAUCGCUGACCUCCUGGAUUGUAUUAAGGUGGACAUUGAAGACAAGGGCUAUAAAGUAUCCUAUAUGACCCAUGUAGCUGACAAAGGAUUUCGGCUUAAGACCUAUGACUUUUUUUACAAAUUUGUUUUUAUGUGGUGGUAA